AUGUCUGAUUAUACAUGUAUUCCAGGGAAUUUUCCUUUUUUUGGAUCAGAUGACUCUGAAGGUUUACCAAAAGUAAAAUGCAUUCUUCGAAGAAAUUUGGCUGAGAAAAUAUUGACUGACCUUGCAAGGAUGGGCAAAGUUCUGAUAUCAGCACCACUGUUUUCAGGAAAGACAGCAUUAACUCAGUUAGUAGCAAUGGAAGUUAUUCGAAAUGGCCACAUAGCUUUGGAUGCCAUUGACAAUGCUAUAUUAACUUCUCUCUUAAAGAUUGGAAUGUUCAAUGAGAAUGGGUCAUCUCUAUCUUUCAGUUGCCCAGUUGUGGAACAAUUCUAUCGCAAAGAGUAUAUCAGGACUUUUAUUUAUCCCAAUUCAGCACCAUUAUUAUCACCUGAAAUCAAUCAGCAGGGGAUAUCACAAUUUGUGUUCAAUGUACUAAAAAAACUUGAUGGAAGUUUAUUGAGAUCAACUUAUUCUAAGAGUGUGGAUGGGACUUAUAUAGAGAGAAUAUAUCAGAAUGAAUUCUAUUAUGGAGCAUGGAUGGUUAUGCCAGCAAGGUUAAGUUGUGAUGUUGGUACCUACUUUGGUGUGAAAGGGGCAGUUGACUUUUACCUGAAUGGCCAGUUUCAAUGGGCUUUUGAACUCCUUAGUAUUAGGGAUGGAAAGAGACUUAGAGAACAUUCUGAAAGAUUUCAGCCUAACAAAAGAUAUGGUCAAUUAAAGAUGAAGAAUUGGGCAGUGAUUGAUUUUUGUGUGGAGGGGACAAGUGCUGCUUGGAGCAAUUUUCCACACGAUAGCCAUCAUUAUUGUUUGGUUGUUGGGAAAAAUUCUGAUCAAGCUACUUUGCACCAUAACCAUACAAUCACUACUUUUGAUUUAAUACAAUCAAGAUGGUAG